AGAAUUCCACAUCCUUUGACCUCAAGUUGCCAAAUUUUGAAUUAGUCUGUAACGUGAUCCCAGGAAGGUUUCCGACGCAUCUCCAACCGUCCCAAGACCAAAGAAGAGCGUACGCUAUCUAGUCAACUUGCGAGAUGGCGAAAUUUCCGAAUCCUCGAUACCAUUACGAAAUGAGUCCUAAAGCGAACUAUAAAGUUGACAUUGUUACAUAUAAGUGUGACCUAUGUGAAGAAAAGUUUAUCACACUAACCGAUUUAAACAAACAUAAUGAAAUCCAUACCAAGGCAAACCCGAAAAACAGUCAGGCCAAACAAUCUUAUGAAACUCAAACCGUUCGUAAAUCAUCGAGAGUUCCGAUUCCAAACAAAAAAUUUUUGGGGUAUGAUUGUGAUCUGUGCUCAAAAUCGUAUAAUCGAGCGGAUAUGUUAGACUAUCACAAAAAAAAAUAUCAUCAAGAAUUGUUAUCUAAAUGCGAUGUUUGUAAAAUUGUAUUCUUUAACAAGCCAGAAUUCGACACCCACAACUACGCAAAAAAACCAAUACUUUGUAAAAUUUGUCUCAAAAGUGAAGACAGAGACAAAAAAAGUAAAUUACCAACUUGCCCAAAAAAACCCAAACCUAACGUGCCAUUACCAAAAUGCGCUUGUACCUGUUGUGCGCAAUCAAAUAACAAAUUCAAUAGAAUGCAUAAGUGCCCGGUAUGUAAUAAAAAAUUUUUUAAACGAAUAAAUCUAAUCAGACAUAAACAAUUAAAACAUAACAAGGCGAACGAAAGUAAGACUGAUGCAAUGAUGACUAUGACUGAUUCAUCGUCGACGAAAACUGAUGCAACAUUGACUAUGACUGAUUCAUCGUCGACGAAAACUGAUGCAAUGAUGACUAUGACUGAUUCAUCGUCGACGAAAACUGAUGCAACAUUGACUAUGACUGAUUCAUCGUCGACGAAAACUGAUGCAACAUUGACUAUGACUGAUUCAUCGUCGACGAAAACUGAUGCAACAUUGACUAUGACUGAUUCAUCGUCGACGAAGACUGAUUCAACGUCGACUGAAAGAGCUACAGCCGAUCCGGAAGAGCUAAAAGUGUUACGAAGCUUAUAUACGAGCGGACAGUCAUUUGAUUGUGAUAUCUGUAACGAAAUUUGUUCUAGACCCGAUCACUUAGAUUUGUAUCUAUGGAGAAAUAGUGGUAACAGUGAAGAACGUGAACCCCCUCCCAAAACAUAUCCAUGUUACGUGUGCCGUGAGCCACUUGCAACCUUGGAACUUAAGAAGGCGCAUGAAUACAACCAUAUUAUAACAAUGAUUUUUUAAUGCGUUUUGAUUUAACGGGUAGAUUUUUUUUUAAAUACAUUUUUAUUAGCCACUUAUUAUAUAAGACAAAUUUGUAGACAUUCUUUUUUCUUGCUUUCUCUUUUAAUCCCUUUUAUUUGGUUUGUAUAACAUUCCAUCAAUCUGUAUCUUCUUUAGUUUUUUACGUUUCAUCAUAACUUAAGAAGGUGCAUGAAUUCGACCAUAUAGAAACAAUGAUUUUUUAAUGCGUUUUGUUUAUUUAACGAGAAGAUUUUUUUUAAAAACAUUUUCACUAGCCACUUAUUAUGUAAGAUAAAUUUGUAGACUUUCUUUUUUCUUGCUUUCUCUUUUAACCCCUUUUAUUUGUUUUGUAUAACAUUCCAU